GUCUGCAUGGAUGAACGAGGAUGCCUUCAUAAAGCCAGACUAACCAACUCCUUCCAAGUCAGCAUCCACUUGACCCAGAAGACCAGCAGCUUCACCCAGCAGCCCCCCAUCAGCAUGACCUCGCCCAAGGUUGUGAAACAUGGCUCGACCCACAAGACCUGCGCGUUACUCAGCAUCUCGGAUAACGUGCUUCAGCCUGCCCCUCCUGGUCAGGCGCCCCCAGAUGGCCAAGCGUCUCCAUCGCCAGCCGCCCAGAUAACCGCUGAGUCCCCCGCACAGCCGCCUUUGUUCCACACAAAGAGCUUGAACGACGUGGAGAUCUGCGACAGUUUCCUGCUGGGGAAGUGCCCCGAGGGGACGUCGUGUCCAAAGCAUCACACGGCCUUGCCAUUCCACUGGCAGCUGUGGUGCCUCAAGACGCUGACCUGGGUGGAUGUGCAAUCUUCUGCCCAAGUUCUCCUGGAGCGUAAAUACUGCAAAGUGGACCGGGACACUGUCUGCCUCCAUGACGGGAAAAGGCUCCACAGAGUGCAUUUUGACACCAUGAAGAUAUCCUGCUCGUCCACGUACAGCAGCGUCAGACGCCUGAGCAACUCUGAGAGUCACCCGUACUUCCCCGCCAAGUGGCGCAUCUACUGGAGGGACAUCUUACAUUGGAAGGAGUACACCCAGGACCAGUCUGACUUUCUCCUUAGGAAGAUUAGCCAGAAGGAGCCACACUGUUCUUUAAUCAUUGAUGCCAAGAAGUACAAGGUGGACUUUACCAACAUGACCCAAAUUAAUGUCAAGACCGGCUACCAGAGGGAUGUCCGCUGCGUAGCAGUUUACCGCUCGCCUGAGUCUAUGCACCCUUACUUGAAGACAGAGCCUGCCCAGCCUUUCCUUCAGCCCAACUUUUGUGUGGACCCUCUGGAGGACUUCACCUCCUGGUACCCUCCAGUGUGGUCUUUAGACUCAAAGCAGGACAUGAACCUGGUGAAUGUUCCGGCCUGUUCAAGGGCCUUCAAGACUGUCCAGAAAGUCUUCAAUGAGGGUCUGCAUGAGAGCGAGGUGGACAUUGUCAGCAUCCAUAUGGUCCAGAAUGCCCUGCACUGGGACAAGUAUCAACGGAAAAAGGUGUCCAUGCAGAAAAAGCACGGCAGCUGCCAGGAACCUUUGGAGCGCCAUCUCUUCCACGGCACUAAACAAAAGGCCGUCAAUGACAUCUGCCAGAACAACUUCGACCCGUGCAAGCAUAAAUCCAGUAACGGCACCUACUUUGCUGCCUCAGCCAAAACGUCCCAUUUGUACACGACUUUGGGGGAGCCUGAUGGGGUCCGCCACAUGUUCUUAGCAAAAGUCCUGGUGGGGAAGAAGAUCUUGGGCCCGUAUUCUUGGCAAGACCGCUACGACGCCUGCGUUAACAAAACAUAUCUGCCCGACGAGUUUAUCGUCUCUGACAGCUGUCAGAUCUACCCCUACUUCCUCAUCAGUUUCAAAGACGAGUCCGACUUCAUCGACUUCGACUUCAUCGACAUUUGACACGGUCCACGUUGGCAAAGAAUGUUCCGUUUGUCAUCCACAAAGAAAGUGAAGCACUGGCAUGUACCAGACGGUCUAUUUCUAGGCCAGGGGUCACCAACCUUUUUGAAACCAAGGGCUACUUCUUGGGUACUGAUUAAUGCGAAGGGCUACCAGUUAGAUACACACUUAAAUAAAUUGCCAGAAGUAGCCAAUUUGCUCAAUUUACCUUUAACUCUGUUAUUAUUAAUAAUUAAUGAUCUUUAUCUUUGUGGAAACACUGAUCAUCUUAAUGAUUUCUCACAAUAAAUAUAUAUAGAAACAGAUAAAUAUCAAUAUGCAACACUUUAUUUUUAUAUUUUCUCUUAAGUGCACAUUUUUCAAAUUGAACAUUUUCAAAUGAUCACUUCUAAGACAGUCUUGUGAAAUCACAAUAUCCCAUUUUAACUAGCUAGCCACUAACAUUUUUUAACAAAUCAUGAAGUACUUUGCACCAUGUUUGUACAAAUAAUAACUCAUGUAAAAUACAAAAGUAAACUCUCAAAUUUUUAAAUCAUGUCACACUUUGAACUGGACACCAAAUCUGUUAUCUGUUUCUUUGUCAGUUAGUGGGAAGCCUGCCAUUGCAUGCUGUUAACUAGUGUGUUGUACUCUGGUGUGUAACUUGACACUGCAACUCUGAGUGAGUCUUGCAGAUGUGCAUCAGUGAGGCGUGUUCUGUGUUUGUUCUUGAUGAAGUUCAUGUCAGAAAAGGCUGAUUCACAAAGAUAAGAUUU